ACUUCUUCCUACGGCUAACUGAAUGAUGAAGACACUUGCUGCUGCCUUCCUCGUGUUCAUUUGCUAUGAGGUUAAAACAUUUAAAAAAAAAAAAAUACUAAUUUGAGUUAUAACAAAAUAAAUUUAUGAACAAAAUGGAUCUAAAUUUUUCUUGAGACAAAAUUUCUGUUAUGAUAAUCAAGCCAUGGAUUCAAUCUGUGCUCCUGUUCGGAAAAGUGGCUAAUUUUCUGAACAAACGCAAUUUUAUUUAGAACAAAUAAUGAUAUCUAAUGUCAGUGAACAAUUUCUUAGUUUCUAUAUUUAUUUAAAUUUCUGACGAGAUAAAAUGUUUAAAUUUAAAAGAAUAUUUACAUUGUAUAUAGUGUCCCCACUUCGAAAUCUACCUAGUUAAAAAGAAUAAACCAUAUUGAACACACACAAAUGUAUACGGUACAAAAAUGAAUCAGACAUAUGAAAAUGUGCAAGAAUGUUUUGAACACUUUAGACUCAAAUUAAAUUGAAAGGGCAUCUUUUAUUAUAAAAUAUCAUCCACCCCAGAGUGACUUGACAUCCAAAAAUGUAACUGCGGACAUUUCACGCAAAAUCAGAAAUCAAAAUCCGCCGAAAGUUGCAUGCCCCUAGAGGAUGAAAAAAUCAAACACUUCACAUGUCUUCUCUUAGAUAAAGAUUUAUUAGACGAAUAAAUUAUUUCGAUGAAACAAUACAUUACACCAGGGUUACAAAAUCAAAUAAAAAGUAUAAAAAAAAAGUACGAACAAUUAAUUAAACUAUUAAAAAGUUUAACCUUACAAAUAAAUGAGAAUACAGUCAAUUAAAGUAUUAGUCGCGUGGUGUACGACUUAAUCUCUGGUGAGUAUUUAUUAAUACUUAUCAUCACCCGGCGCAAAGUCCUAUAUGUGGUAAUCGUUUUUUGUUGUUUUUUUGGCAAAGUUUUCUCAUCCGGGAUUAAUGGUUCACACCCUUGGUGUACCCGUGACCAGCACAUAAGACAAAUGGUCAUAAAUUGUGUCAAUUUUAAUGUAAGGUUUCGUUUCAAGUCCUAAUGAAAACGGACAUUUUUAAAUUUCCUACGGGAAAAUUCAUUUUAUGUCAAAUAUGUUUAAGGGCUAUUGUUGCUUACUCCUCUCUUCAUUAUAAAAAAAAAUAAUAAUAAUAAAAAAACAGCCUAAGCGUGAAACAAAUUACAAAAUUGAUAUUUUUGACGACCGUCUUUUUUUUUUUUUUGCUGGCAUCCGUCCGUCACAAUGUGCAGAUGGAGUGGGCUUCGUUGGAUUAUGACCGUCUUACUAUCAAACAUUUUUUAAGCCUAAGCGUGAAACAAAUUACAAAAUUGAUAUUUUUGACGACCGUCUUUUUUUUUUUUGCUGGCAUCCGUCCGUCACAAUGUGACGAUGGAGUGGGCUUCGUUGGAUUAUGACCGUCUUACUAUCAAACAUUUGUUAGACAUUCUUAUUUUGUCCAAGCUUCAACCAGUUCUUAUUUCCACCACAGGUUCAAGCAGUUGAGCUUCAUACAGUGUUACAGAAACGAGACGGUAAGUCGGCCAAUGGUAAUACUGGAAAACGUACACCGUAUUAAUUUGUUCAACUUAUUUUUGAUAUAAUAGUCGACUUAACUAAAAUAUGGAAUACAUUUUUUUUUAAACACAUUAUGCAACGCAAAUUUUAACAAGAGUUUCCAUCUUUUAAAUCAAAAAGACUUAAACUCAGCCAGCAUCUCCUAAAUGUUCAUAAUUCAUUUGUCCUUAAAACUGAUGCGUAAGUGGUCUCCAUAUUUGUUAUUUAAAUUUGUUUAUUUUUAGAACAUUAGCCUUAGAACCGUAAAUCUAAGGACCGUGGUGGUGGAAGGAAAUUUAGCAGUACCAAAUAGCUGGUCCACUGUUCCAGUAUUAAACAGAAACUCGUCCCUCUCCCCCCAUUGACAGCGACGAGGCCAUAACAGGCAAUUCAGGCUCAUACCAGCAAGAAGCCAGUAUAGGAGCUGCUCAUUCCUGCCCAAGACAAUCAGGGACUGGAACAAUCUUUCAAAAGGAACUGUUGAGGUGACAACACUAGACACAUUUGUGUCUAUUGCCUCAAGCCUUCAAACCCCUAGUGCAUGAUUCCCUCAUAAAGUGGCACUGGAAAUCAGUGGAAUUUCCUCAUCAACACCAGGAACGGAACCAUUGCAAAUCCCAUCUACAUGCAUAGGAGCCAAAGUGAUCAAUAAAUUGAUCGUGGGCCCUUAAGAUAUAGAAGAAGAAGAUAAGUUUUCAAAACUCCGGCGCCAACCAAUAUACAUAAAAUGAAUUCAUUCGGGUUAUAAUGCCCCUGAAAUUAUUUUUUUUAAAUUGUAAAUGAAGGAUUGCGUUCAAGCUAUGUGAAGCAAAUAGUGGAGCAAGGUAUAAACACACACACAUAUAUAUAUAUGUAUGUAAGAAUGAGCUAGGCUGACCAUAACGCCAAACAGACGAAGCGACUUAAAUACCUUCCUAAAAAAAGCCAUGAUAUGGAUUUUCUAUUAUUUUACGUAGAUCGAAUAAAUUUAAAUGAGCUAAAAAUAAAAUAUAUAAGCUGUUAUUUUAGUAAAUGUGUAAGUAUUUUUAUUUUAAGUUACAAAUACUUUUUUUUUUUAAAAAUAAAGAGCUAUUUUUAAAAUGUUAUCUGAAUUUGAACGUUGUGAAAAGAAUGUGAUGAAAAAAUUAUCUAAAAAAAUCAUCGUAUUUACAUUUAUCGGAAAAAAGUACACAUCUAUGGGUUUUAUAGCCUUUUUUUUUAGUGUGUUGCUCAUAUUACAUAAUAAAAUUAAAUUUUUUUGUUUUUUUUCUAAAUAAACACGCACAUGAAGUCAUAGCGCCAAUAGCCUAUUUUAUCUUAAGUUCUAGUAUCUUUAAUUUAAUAACCGCGCGUGAAAAGACGAAUAGUGUAUUUGACUCUUCUUAAAAGUAAAAUUGUGUACAACUGUUAACUUUGUAUUUUUAGCAUUACUAAGUUUUUUUAAUUCCCAGAAAUAUAAUUUCGUUAAAUUCACAACGUAAUAAAAACUUAAUGUUUAAUUAUAAUUUUAGUUAGAAAAUGCCGAUUAAGUCAAUCAGUGCAGCGAAAUUCCAUAGCCAAAUAAAUAGCACUCAUUAAAAAAAACAAAAAAAACAUGAAGUUCAAGAAAAAAAAAUUGUUUGCGUUUGUAAGGACUCCAAUCCCGUGGAUGUUUUUAUUAAUUCUUUUAUUAAACUCUUGGGGGUUGGAAGGGGAUUCGACGCGUCCAUUUCGCUCUAGGCAGCAAAAGACAAGCCUCAGAAUAAACGAAUCAAUUUGAACAAUAUUUAACCUUCUUAAGUACAUAUAUUUCAGGGGUGUGUACAUUUUUACUUGGUUGACACUAUGGAAAAUCAAUGGCGCUAACAAAACGUGGGUCUAUUUACAUAAGUAUGCCCAUGAAUAUUCAAACCAAGUCAUUUUAUACAUGUGAAUUUUUUUUUUUUUUUUUUAAAUAUUGUUAUAGAUGUGUUAUGAUUUUCUUUUAAAAAAUGAAAAUAUAUUUUUCUUUUUACUUUGUGAAACGUAAAGUGUAUUUAGGCCUAUAUUGUUAUGAGAUUUAAUAGCAUUUCUGUAAAAAACAAAGUCAUUUUAUACAUUUGAAUUUUUUUUUUUUUUUUUUAAAUAUUGUUAUAGAUGUGUUAUGAUUUUCUUUUAAAAAAUGAAAAUAUAUUUUUCUUUUUACUUUGUGAAACGUAAAGUGUAUGUAGGCCUAUAUUGUUAUGAGAUUUAAUAGCAUUUCUGUAAAAAACCACAGAAGUCUGCUACAUUGGUUAAAUUAUUAAUGAAAAUAUCGAUGCUUGUUUAUCAAAUUCCGUUAUAAUAUAAUAAAUUUAAAAUGGUAUUUAGAGAUUUGCUGUAAAUUUUAAAUUAAGUUUUCACAAUUUUAAGGAAAUAUUUUUUGUUUAGUUGAGAGGCCCUAAAAGUGGUAGGGUAGACCCAACAUUUAACAAUUUAAAACACAUGUCACCUAAAAUGUGUCUCCAACGUACAAAUCAGCCGUCAGUGUCAUUUAGUGACAAUAUGAAUUUAAUUAGAAAUCAUUUAAAUGGGGUAAUUUAGGCCAUGUUGAGAGAACAAAAAUGAGGUUUAAGGGCACAUAAAGUGGGCGUAUAAUAUAUAGUAGAACAAAAUUUCUUAGAAAUUUUAAUGAUGUUAGAAUCGUAAGCAUCUUUGCAUAGAUACUUCUUUUUAAUAUAAGGAAUUGUGAUGAGUUUCCGCAAAUAGAAAUUAGCGCAAAUUUCUGCCCUUAUCAUCUUGAUAACAUCGGGUAAUAUUUUCUAACGUGGAAGUUUGAAAUACCUUGUUCCACUAUUUCCUGUAACAUUCUUUUAGCCCCCAGUUUAGUGUUACCCUUAGGCUCUAUAGAGUCUUCUUAUCAAUGCCAAAUUAAAUGAAAUUAAUAUUUAUUCCAAUUCAAUUAAAUUUGUUUCAAUUAAUGUCAUCAUUUUUUAAAAAGAUAUUAAAAAUACCGAUGCAGUCAUUCUGAGCCAAAUUUUUUUUUUUUUAAGCAAGCAUGCAGUUCGGUGCAAACCCGAAUUUCUUCUUCUAUAUUUUGAGGGCCUACCAUCAAUUAGAUCAGUCAUUCUACAUUGAAUUUGUUUUUUUUUUUUUAUAUUUAAAUAAAUUAUUUGCUUGUUUGAUCUGCAAUUUUUUUAUUUUUUUUUAAUGUAUUUGACCACAUCCUCUUUAAAAAAAUUAUUAACAGAAAAACACUUUUUUAAAUCAUAACUUAUUGUACUAUUAUUUCAUUUGACUUGUAGCGAGCAGCUACGACGCAUAUUACGAUUUUAAGACGUCGUCGUUCACAGAUCACCCCAACGUGGUCAGAGUUGAGGACUUCUGUGGGACUGAUUGCAGCACUAGAGGUGAGACAUUUGGGGGGGGGGGAUAACUGGUAGUACUAUAGGUGAGACAUUUGUGUGAUAACUGGCAACAUUAAAAGUACGAAAUUUUGUAGGAAUAAUUGGUGGCACUAGAGAUGAGGCAUUUUGGGGGGAUAACUGGUGGCACUAGAGGUGAGUCAUGUUAGGAGGAAUAAUUGGCCGCAUUAAAAUUAAGAUUUUUUAAAAUAUUUUUUUUUCGGGGGUGGGGGGACUUUUUUUGGAGGGGGGACUGACAGCAGUAAAGAUGAGAUAUUUUUGGUGGCACAACUAGCAGAACUAAAGCUGGGACAUUUUUGGUGAAAAGCUGGCAGCAUUAGAGGUUAUACAAUUUUGGGUAGAUACGUGGCAGCACUAUAGCUAAGACAUUUUGUUGGUACUGUUUGCAGAACUAGAGGUGAGACUCACUGUGUCAAAUAUUUUGUUGGUACUGUUUGCAGUUCGUUUUGUGAGACUCACUUUGUGAGAUAUUUUGUUGGUAAAGUUUGCAGCAUUUGAGGUGAGACUCACUUUGUGAGACAUUUUGUUGGUACUGUUUGCAGUACGUUUUGUGAUACUCACUUUGUGAGAUAUUUUGUUGCUAAUGUUUGCAGCACUAGAGGUGAUACUCACUUUUUGAGACAUUUUGUUGGUACUGUUUACAGCACUAGAGGUGAGACUCACUUUUUGAGACAUUUUGUUGGUAUUGUUUGCAGUACUAGAGGUGAGACUCACUUUGUGAGACAUUUUGAGGGGUGAGUGGCAGCGCUAGACGUGCGAUAUUUUUUCGAGACAACUUGUCUAGAUCAGCAUUUAUUUCAAUUGUUAAAAAUGUAUGUCCUAUGUUUAUGUUUGAGUAAGGCUUUCGGUAUUUUUGUGGUUUUAUUGACAGGUAGUAGGUGUCAAAGUUUAGUACCUAUCACCCCUAUCACCGAUGUCACAAAACUCUAGCCACUCCACUUGUUAGGAGGAAUGUCGUUAAUGCGUGGAGAGAAGUGACGUAAUUAUCCCAGCUUUACAUGUACAACGCUUUUGUGUGGUUACCGCAAAAAAAUAUUACGGCAUACUUUGAUGGGUACUAGUACUACGGUGCUGUUAUAGGCAAACUUUGACGCGUCACUAUUGACAAACCUCUGUUACUAUUAGGAAAAUCUUGACGCUGUCGCUAUUAGGCAAACCUUGACGCUGUCACUAUUGACAAACCUUGACGCCGUCACUAUUGAAAAAUCUUGACUCUGUUACUAUUAGGAAACCCUUGACGCUGUCACUAUUAGGAAAACCUUGACGCUGUCAAACAUAGGGGAAAACCUUGAUGCUGUCACUAUUAGGCAAACCUUGACGCUGUCAAACAUAGGGAAAAACCUUGAUGCUGUCACUCAUAGGAUAACUUAUCGCUGCCAUUAUUACGCAAACCUUGACGCUGUCACUUUUAGCCAAACCUUGAGGCUUUCAUCUUUAAAAAAAAAUUAAUUGAAACUGUCACUGUUCGGAAAACAUUGACGCUGUCACAAUUAGGCAAACCUGGACGUUGUCACUAUUUUUUAUUUGGAAACCAUUAGCAUUGUACCAUCAUUUAAUCUCACUUGGUCUUUUAGCAUGACGGUUGUACUAUCUUCAUCAUUCCUGUUUGAAAAUAUGCAUCACUUAACGGUCAGAAGAUCUAUUCCAUAGGUGUACUCAAGAUAACCCUACCCCAGGACGACGCCAGUAAGCGAAGAGUAGUGUUGGACAUGGAAUUUGAGAACCCCACAGGCUGGACGUUCAACCUCGGUGAUUCCAGCACCAACAAUGGCUACGGUAAGGAUUGGUUUGUCAUAAUUAUAUUAGCAUCCACGCAUUGUGUGUGUGUAGAGAAGUAGAAAGAUAGUAGGUGUGCAGUGCAACUAAGGUUUACCGUGCAACCAGGUAUACAGCUCACUUUGGUAUCAAUACAAAUAGGUAUCAUCACAAAUAGGUACACCUUACAAAUAGGUACACCUUACAAAUUGGUACAUCUUACAAAUAGGUAUACCGUUCAAAUGGGUAUACAGUACAAAAUAGGUAUAAAGUACAAAUAAGUAUUCAGCACAAAUUGGUACACAGUACAAAUAGGUACAGUAUAAAUGGGUAUGCAGUACAAAAGCAUAUUCAGUAGGAGUGACCGCUUGGGCCGUGUCGAUAAUGUAUUUAGUCAAAACUGUCAAACAUUUUAUUUGUGUAUAUAUAAAUUUGUGAAUUGUUGCAUAUUUUACUUCAAUUAGCUCUCAUUUUUUUUUUCCCUUUCACACCACAGAGUGCCUCAAUUUAAUACACUUUGAUAAUUGAACACACAGAUCGAUAGUAGAUAUAAAUAGGCAAUAAAUUCAUUAAACAACCCCUAAAAACUAAAUGUUUCUAUUAAAUCAUUUAUAAAUGUAAUAUCGUGUAAUUGGGGGGGAUGACAAAAUAUGACAAAACGCGCUUUUUAAGAAUUCCGAUUAGUGCUCUGUUAUGUUUUCAGAGCUUUUAUUUUAAAAAAGUAACAUAAACAUAUUUAUACAUAAAUACAAGUUCUCAGUCAGGUGUUGACUUUCUGCUUGCGUCCGGAACACGGUUCAUAAACAUACUCUCUCUCAACAGUGUCUCUGCGCAUGCGCGCUGUUUCACCUGGCUGGCUAUCGGGACGGUCCAGUCCCCUAGUCCACCAUAACAGCUCCCCCAACAAUAACAAGUCCAGUACCAAUGGUGCUCGACGUUGUCUUUGAGAUCUCCUGGGUAUGACAUAGUCUGAAGGUCUUGGAUGUCGAGGGUUAAUCUUCUUCUUAGGUGGACUUGGAGUUGCUGGAUGUGUAGACGGUUGAUGACUCAGGGCUGCCUGAGUUGUUGGAUAAAGACUUCCUGUCAUUAUAUCCAAGAGAAACAAAGAAAACUAUUUAUAAAACUGUGAUCAGACCAGUUGUAACAUAUGCAAGUGAAACUUGGACCCUAACAAAAACGGCAGAAAACCUAUUAAACACAUGGGAGAGGAAAGUUCUCAGGAAAAUAUAUGGGCCAAAAAAGGAUGAAUAUGGAUGGAGAAUACGAACCAACCAGGAAUUAUACAGUCUAUAACAGGCUCCCACGAUAGUGGCAGAAAUAAAAAGAGGCAGGCUACGCUGGGCAGGACACCUAGAGAGAAUGCAAAAUGACAGAGGAACGAAGAGGUUGCAUCACCAAUACCCCAGAAGAAAAAGGCUUAAGGGCAGACUUAGGCUUAGGUGGAUAGAUGAUGGUGAAAAAGAUCUACAUCAGCUGAAAGUCCAAGCAUGGACAAGAAAGGCAUUAGUUAGGUCUGAGUGGAAGGAAGUGGUGAGGUAGGCCAAAGCCCUACAUGGGCUGUAGCGCCACAUGGAUGGAUGUCAUUAUAUCCAUAUUUGGUUCUGAAUCUUCUUCCGCUCCAUACCUGGGGUGAAGUUGGUCUAAAUGUAUCUUCCAUGUGGGACUAUUUGGAUAAAUUUUCACCUUGAAAAGACGUGGUCCCAUAACUGUUGCUGUUCCAUUUACUCUGACUUAAAAUGGAUCUCCCCCGGUUAAAUGAUCGACUAGGACUUUUAUUUGUCCCAUUGCAGACAGCUAUUUCUUUAAGAUGUUGUCCCUGUGCUCGAUGAGCAGGUGAGGGAACUAAAGUAUCAAUAAGUGAUCUUAUUUGCCGAUUGUUCAGCGGUUGGCUAGGUGAUAACCCAUUAGCCAAUGCUGUCCUACGAUACUGACGUAGAAAGUCUUGUAGAGAUUACUUUAAAGGUAAUGAGGAUUUUUUUAGUGAACUCCUGAAACUUUGAAUCAGUCGUUCGGCCGCUCUAUUCGUAGCAGGAUAAUAGGGAGCGCCUGCAAGAUGUACAAUACCCCUCUCUUUACACCAAUGCUGAAAUUCUUCCGAGAUGAAGCUAGUAGCAUUGUCACUGACUAUAGUGUGUGGAUAGCCGAAACGAGCAAAAUCUUCCUCCAGAAGAUCAAUGGUGGCUUUGGUCGACGAAGAUGUUGUCCUGUGGAUACACGAAUACUUUGAAUAAGCAUCUAUCCUCACCAACCAAUGUGAUGCCUUAAAGUUAAUGGCAUGGUCGAUGUGUACUCGACUCCGUGGUUUUUCUGGCAACAUCCAUGGGUGGAUACUUGCUUUGUUUGGGUCUCUGGCGUGUUCUGCACAUGCCUGACAUGUUCGACCCAUCUCCAUGAUUUGAGCAUCAAUUCCUGGCCAAUAUACAAAUGAUCUUGCUAACUGUUUCAUCCGCUCGAUUCCAAAAUAUCCUGUAUGCAGGAUUUGGAGAACUUGAGCAUGUAGUAUUUUUGUUAAAAUUCUUGAACCAUAAAAUAGAUAAUUUGACUCCACGGAGAGUGAGUCUUGAAUAUUUUUAAAAGCUGCAAUAUUAGCUGCAUCCUUGUUCAAGUACGAUUUGUUUGUAGAGGACGGUCAGCCCUCUUGACAAAAUCGCAUUACUGUAGACACAGUAGAAUCUUUAAGUGCCUCUUUAGCAAGGACUCCUGGGUCUGUUGGUCUGAUCUGUAAACUGAUUUGUUUAAUCAAACAAACAGAAUCCAUGUCUGCUUCACUUUCUUCAACAUCAAAUAGGUCAUCAGGCCCUGAGGGUAGACGACUAAGAGCAUCCGCAUUGCAAUGUUCAGAUGACUUACGGAUUUGUUCAUGAGCUUUAAUCAAUGAGUUUUGAUUACUUACGUGAUUUAUCUUUGUUUGCAACAGCGUGUCUAUUGAAAUCUUGAGGUUCUUUAUUGCAGUUCUUCCCAACAAAUUUAAGUUGUGGUUUUUCACUACUAAAAAAUGUCGAAUUUGUAGUUAUUUCCCCUGCCUCAGCAUUUAUCUCCACACCUCCCAAAACAUUAAGUAGGUCACCAGACGCCGACUCGUACUUGACCGAUACUGGGCUCAAUGUUGAUUUCACCAAACAGAUUCAGACAUAACAUUUUCUCCGGCUCCCGUAUCAAAUUCGAAUGCAAACCUCUUUCCUUCUAAAACGAGUUCUCGAUAUAAUAGGUGGGGAUAGUUUUUAUUUGGUUUUUGCCUUCUUAUUAUUUUGAGAUCUAUUGGUUUCUGUUUUGGAGCAUACUCUUUCUUAUUAAGACAAACUCUUUCUAGAUGUCCUCUCUUGUGGCAAAAGCGGCAGAUCAUGUCUUUGUACCUGCAGACAUUUCCUUUAUGGCCUCUUACUCCACACCUGCCACAAGUUCCAAUCGGGAAAUCGUGUCUUUGAGAUGGAGAAAAUUUCUCUGCUGUCUGAUGUUGCUUAUUCCUUUUUGUCUGAAUUUUAUUGAUAGGCGUUUCUUCAUGGACUGUUUCUUUGGCACAUUUCGCUACCUCCUCUGUUUCAACAGCUAUUUCUACUGCCUUGUCAAAUGACAGUUCAGUGUCCUUCAUCCGAAACAAAAUUCUCCAUACAGCCUCGUUCUUUACAGAGCCCAUGAAUGUUUUUCGUAAAGCUUCAUCUAGGGGAUUUUUGAUAUUACCAAACUCACAAGUGGCUGCAUCUUGCCUUAUCCUAGCCGCAAAAUCUUUGUUUACCCUGGUUUUCUAAUUGAAUCAGACCAAAAUUUGAACCUUUCCCUGAUAACAAAUUUGGUAGGAUCAAACUGAUCGAUCAUUAUCCCAUAUAUUUCUUCCAUGUUCAAAUCAUUUAAAUUUUGUGGUGGUUCUUUUUUUUUUUGUACGAGGGUUGACAACAUGUUAUGCAGCUCUGGCGUUUGACUUUAAAAAAAAAACUUGCGCCUGCCUUUCCUAUGGCACAUUAUUUGCCAACACGAAGGCCACAUAACUAGCGUAGUAGUCUGUGAACGUUUCCUCGCUACUAUUGGAAUUCGUAAACUUCAUAUUAGUAGCCCUAUGACCUAUUGCUAGUUUUAACAGUUGCUCGUUCUGCUGAAUCAGCUUUUGGAUGAUGUCACCUUGGGUCAGAUUUAACUCCGCCAUUGUGUGUUUACCUCCUCCGUCCCGUGAAGUCACUCGUGUGUAUCAAUCUAUCACUCGGUUGCACUGAGUUGUACUGAGUUUUGUAUUGAGUUAAUACUGACCAUCAUACUGUGUUGUUGAUACUAGUCGAUACCAUACUGGCCACCAUUUGUUAUGUUUUCAAUGGGUUUAUUUAUUUCAAACAAGUAACAUAAACAUAUAUAUAUACAUAAAUACAAGUUCUCAAUCAGGUGUUGACUUUCUGCUUGUGUCCGGAACACGGUUCAAAAAUACACUCUCUCAACAGUGUCUCUGCGCAUGCGCGCUGUUUCACCUGGCUGGCUAUUGGGACGGUCCCGUUCACUAGUCCACCAUAACAUGCUCACUCUUCAAGGCUUGCAACCGAACAUUUUUUUCACGCCCUUCGAUAUUCUAAUGACCCAAAAGCUUUUCCACCGCAAAUUAUUUUCACCAUCAUUUUUAGAAACACAAAAUCAAAUAUUACGCACCAAACUCACUGGAGAGUUUUUGAUUUUAAGAAUCUCGUUUAGCGCAAAUAUCGGACAUUUUAUUUCGUGAAAUCGAUCGCAUCAUAUUUCCUUCAGUUUCCCCUUGAAAAAAAGAGGAAAAACUGUUUUGUGAGGAUAGCGGGUGGGGCUGAAAAUUUCAAAUGAUGUGUUGUUAUCGGCAACGAGUCUAUGUGCCAAAUUUUAGCUCGAUAAGUUGACGGGAAGUGGGUCAAUUAGCCGUUAGAAAUGUUGCCAGCCCGCCACAAACAAAAGCGAAGUUAAUUUAAAGGAUUUUUUUUUUUAAAAAACGGUUUUGGACAUUUUCAUCGAACAACGUCCUUGUUUCUUUAUCAAUUAAUUAUUUCAACAACAAUGUAUUGUUAAUAUUUCUGUUUGCAGUUAUUAUUAUUAUCAUUAGCUUUAAAGCUCCAUCUCACAUCAUUAGCUUUAUUUUUUUUUUUAUUUGAAAAUAUUUUUAAUUCAAGCUGGUGACUCAUCGUCCCAGAGCAGAGACGCAGAAGUUCACGGCAAUACCAAUUCACUCUUGGGCUACCUCAGUGACAAUGGUGGCAGUGGCCAGGCUUUUAACAUUCCAAAUUUGUAUAGGUGAGUGAACGCCUCACGGAGUAAGGCGAUUGCGAUUGAUAAACAAUUGUAUGAUCUGAACGACAUUCAGGGAAACGGUGUACAUUGAAAAAAAAAAUACGUUAAAGGUGUAAACUGUGUGAUGAAGCAUGCUUUUUUUUGUUUUUGUUUAUGUUUUUUGUGUUUUUUCCGUUGACGUGGUUAUACAUUUGCGAUGAGGCUAAGAAUUAAUUGAAAUAUUUUUCAGACCUUUGUUUGAAGACAGAUAAUACCAAGUAAUGAAAAACUUCGUGACGUCCUUAGACAAAGUAGACAACCGUAAGACUUGGGGGCAAUACAACUCUAAACAUUGCCCAAAUGUAUUUGAAAGUUGAAUAUGUUUUUAAAAAAAAAAAUUAUUUGUGCUACUGUUUCUUUUUUAUUUCAACUGGCAACUUAUAAUAAACAUCAUAUUGUUCUACACAUGUGCCCAGUAAUCACCUGACCUUAUUAGUCGGAGACGAGAUCCUGGUUUGGACUGCUGACCAAGACCCCACUAAGACGAACUUUUUCUCAAGCCCGGGCUGGUACGCAUUAAACGGACAGCCCGACUACGAGGGACCUGUCAACUAUGACCUUUACCUUGGCAUCAACAAGGUCAUAUCCGGAGGAAACUACAACGGACGCGUAGGUUCCGGUCUCUGUCGAGUCGGCAUCAAGUUUCUGCCCGCUGUUUAGUUGAUGGCUCAUUGUUUAGUGGAUUGAUCAUCUGACGAACGCUCUCAAAUAAGGCCUGCACGCUAAACUGAAACAACUUUACGUUGUAUUAAACGAUUUACAUCUCUUCCAACAACCGCUGAUUUAUACACUGUUGUCGUCUUAACAUAAUAUUUAUAUACUAGAUACAGCCCGCCAAACAAUGGCGCCAGCAAGGCAUGGACUUCCCAUCUACUAAAAGUUACUUGACAAAACAUGGACUACAGUUACGCAGAUUUAAGAAUCCAAAUUUUCGCUACACCCCUUGCCCCAUGAUACGUUCCGGCAGACUUUUUAUUUCACGCCCAUGACCUUUAUUAAAUACUCUCAUGUCCCAACUACUUUUAAACGAAAUAGUUUUACACCAUACUUAAAUUGAGACCAUUUCAUUCUCCGAAAAGAAAAUUGAAUUACCGGUACGCGAUAAACGUAGUUUGUAAUUUUAAACAAUCAUUUAGUGUCUUAAUUAUCGGGAAUUAUAUUUUGCGCCACCUUGAACUCAUGAUUGAACCAUAUUUUCUUCAAACAGUUUAGAAUUAUUUAUUUUGUAAUAUGCUCUCAAUAACAAAUUCGCUGACCAGGAAACGGUCUAUUGGGAAGCAGUCCACGAGUCAUACCGGAAGCGUAACAUAUAAAAGAGAUUUUUUUUUUUCGUACCGGUAAUAAAUAAUGUUGUUCAGCUAUGUUUAAAGAAGAGUUAUUAUUUAAAGGGAAGCUAUUUCAUUUAAUUUUUUUGGUUUGAAAUUAACUUUGGUUUUACGUCACCCAAGAACGUUGCACUAGAAAGCUUCUUUUGUGUGACUUAGAUGUCUACUAACACUGAUCCAAAGUUUGGGGAUCGGCGACAAAACACAAUACAAAAAAAAGUAUUACUUGAAAUUAAAAAUGUGAAAUAGUUUAUGCAUUUUUAAAUGUUGAAACAACAUCGCUUUGACACUAAAAAUUAUUUGUGCAAUAGUUUAUUUUGUGAUGGGCCAUGGGUAAUUGUUACGAAUGACCUAUUAUUGUGGUUUAUCGAUCAUCAUUGCAAACUCUGACCUGCACACACUCUGCUGUCUUAUUUUUAAGUGUGAUAACGAACUCUGACAUUCAGUUGACAUAGCCGUUGUGUAGUCUAGUCUUAAUUUUAUUGUGAAUAUCAAAUCUGACCUACAGUGCGCAUCGCCCGCUAUGCAGCUUAAUCUUAAAUUUAUUCUCAAUUUGAACAGUGACAAACACUGCUACAAACAAACCGUUUCCUAGUAAAGUCUUAAAUUUACUGUGAAAUAAGGCGUAAUUACAAUACAAUGUAAAACACCAGUUGAUAAUUUUUAUUUACUAUAUUUAUUUCUAUAUUUCAUACCCAAAACCAUCUGAAAUAGACCUAUUGUAUACGAUUAACACGUCUAGUAAAAGUCAAAUCCAGUCAUCACAUUUUGAACCCGUCACAGACGUUGGCAUUCUAAAGCCUAUUCGUUUUUUAGAAAAUUAAAGAUAUAAGAAUUAAGCAAUUUUUUGUUUACCGGUAUUAGUAUUGAGAAGGUACCUUUGUUAAAGUUCCCGUAAUCUUCCAGUUUUUGAGUGCAGCGGCCACCGUGUCUUUAGAAAACUGAGGAAAUAUGCUCGCGUAAUGCUGCAGGACAACCUCAAGAUCCCAAAGUGGGUAAUCUUUAGAAACUUCAGCAGAUUUAAACGCGUCUUCAUUCCUGACUACGAUGCUCUCACCUCCUUGACCACACGCCUCAUCGGAUGGCGCGCGUGGAGGAAUGGUCAGCCGAAGAUCUUUCUUCACCAAACUGCCAUUCUCGUCCUCAACAAGCAGUGUCGAUUCGACAAUGCCGAGGAAUUUUCCAUUAGGCCAAUGUAUCGCUCUAGGACUUGUUUGCAAGGGAAGCUUUCUUAUGUCUGUAAAUAUCGCAUCAAAGCAAUCAUGAAAGUCCUCCAGGCUUUUUGAGCUUUGCAACGGGUUAAAGACAUAAUAGGGUUUCCAUGUGUAACCUGUGUUUGCUACAGAUUUGUCUUCUUUGAUAUUGCAUGUAGACGAUGCAACUGGUUUCUUCAGUUUCAAUAAGAUUCUAUCAUCGGAUUCCUUAACGUAUUUAAAGGUCUGGAAAGAAUAUGUAUAUUCCGGAGACUCUUCUGAAAAGUCCAAAGAAAUGGUGCGCAUUACUGGAUAUCCACAACCGACCUCCACGAGGUAUUGAUCAUCGGGUGAAACAGCACCAUAGAUCAACACGACUAAGUGGUUGUCUGGUGUUAGAUCGUUACAGAACACCGUUGAGUGGGCCAUCCUGGCAUCGUAGCCGAGUGCUGACAGCAAAGCAAACAUAAAAGUGUUCUUAGAGUAGCACAACCCUCCCUGACCCGCGAACAUAUCCUUUUUAAUAUCCUCCCAGGACCUCCUGUGGCGUUUGUCCACAUCAAAAGACAUCAGCGUCAGAGUCUGAAACGGUUCCUUGCCGUAGAAAGCUACAAUGAUUUUAUUGAGUAAUUCGAUCCUUUCAUUUGCUUCCAAUGAGCUUACGGGAACAUUUAGUACGUUGUCUAUCAUUAGAAUAUUCUUAAGAAAUGAUUUUGCCUCUUCAACACUCAGUAGAUCCAUAUUAGUACGAUUUGAUUUGAUACUUAUAGAUUAUCAACUUGAAAAAAGAUGAUUUUUCUGGCUUUGCUUUAUUUCUACGUUACGCAAAAGAAAAUUUUAAGAACUUCACUGUAUGGAGUUUACUUUUCUUAAUGCCUUGAUGGAUCAACUUUGACCCUGAUCAGCUUUAGAAUUAGCUCUUAUAGCGAUGACGUUCAAGUGUCUGAAAGGUUUAGAAAAAAAAAAAUUUAGCAUAGGAUUUCUCAAAACUUUACAAAUAAUAACAUCAUAGAGUUUACCACCCUUUACAAUACGUUUUUUUAUUAUUAUUUUCAUUUUAUUAAAAAGAAAACACUUUUCCCCCUCGCCUUCCCACCCCAAACCCCCAUCAUUACAAUUAACCGAAGACUUAGAGAUCGUCAAUAAAUCAUAAAAAGCUCUUUCUACUUAAGGAAGAACGAAGUUAGUUUUUUAAAUUAUUAUUAUUAUUUUUUUAAUUUAGAUUUUUUUUUAAAUGUUUGCAUGUGCUUCCAAAACUGACACAUACAUUGUCAUACUUUUUAUAAAGAGAAUACAUAUCUUAAACACACGUAUAUGUUCUCUUUAAAAAAAUUAACGUUCCGAUCCAAAAUUCUUCAGUUAUAUUUUAUUGUAUUUUUACCUGUGCUGAAUGAGAUUACAAACAAUGAGUUUACAAACAGUGAGUUUACAAACAACGCGUUUACAAACAAUGAGAUUACAAACAAUGAAAUUACAAACAAUGAGAUUACAAACAAUGAGAUUACAAUCAAUGAGAUUACAAACAAUGAGAUUACAAACAAUGAGAUUACAAACAUUGAGUUUACAAACAAUGAUUUUAAAAACAUUGAGUUUACAACCAGUGAGUUUUACAAACAAUGAGUUUACAAACAACGAGUUUACAAACAACGAGUUUACAAACAAUGAGAUUACAAACAAUGAGAUACAAUCAAUGAGAAUACAAACAAUGAGAUUACAAAAAAUGAGAUUACAAACAUUGAGUUUACAAACAUAUAGUUUACAACCAGUGAGUUUACAAACAACGAGUUUACAAACAAUGAGUUUACAAACAAUGAGUUUACAAACAGCCUUAUUACAAUACAAAACACGGUUCGUUACUCAUGUUUUUGUCAGAUGUUUUAUGUUGAAUGAUUGACAGUAUUUACAGGCUACCGUGUUAGGAGCUGUUAUUUCAAACAAAUCAUGUUACAGUUUUUAAUAGUUUUUAAGAACCACAAGCAAGAAAACUCACCCAGCAAUGCAGUCAUUCCUUUUAUGGAUAGUAAAACCGACCAGCACAGGUAGGUUCACAGGUAUCGUGCAUUCGUGCUGUAACUGUAACGUGACGAUAGACAUGUGGCCGUAAUACUACCUGAGCAAUACCAUACAUUCACUGAGAUGAUUUUUAAAGAAGGAAAAAACAAUGAUAAUGUUCAAGCGACAAAAUAAGGUAGUUUUUUUGUUUUUUUUUAAAUCUCAUAAGUAGAUUAAAGUACGGCCUCGCUGCACCCACAGCCCACCAGCCUCAGCCGUAUAUGUGGUAUACUAGUACUCGGUCUUCGUUCACAAGCCCAUAAGACUUAAAGUAUUUUAUAGAGCGAAUGUGUGACGUGCAACACACAGGUAUCCAGUAGAGUUAACGGUGAACUAGAUUAGCUUUGGGCUAGUGUGUGUUAGCG